CUUUGAAUGUAUUAAUCAAUUGACACACAAAUAGUAGUAUUGUUUACAAACAUUGAAAUGUCAGUCAAUGUAGUUAUAAAUCAUAUGUUGUGAUCAAAUCGGGUGAUAAUAACCGCAGCAUAAUAUCGAUGGCUGUCUUAAUGAAGACAUAAUAAAUGAAGACUUUAUUAGAGAGAUCGAAACGACGACAGAAACGAUGAAUAUUAUGCGAAGAUUGGUCUCACAGCAGACCCGAACCGAAACUGAUAGGGAAUCGUCGUCUUCGUCCUUAUCUUCUGCGACAUCGGCCGAGACGUCGCUGUCGUUAUCGCAUUUGAACAAACUAUUCGGCGAUAUUAAGGCCAACGAGCCGUCGGUCGGGUCAUCGCAACAGGUCAACGAACUGCACGAACUCAAGAUAUACAAUAUAUUACCACUAUUUUGUAAAGUAUUUGGUACAAGUGUUCAAAAUAAUGGAUCUCAUGUGGAUAUGUUUGAAAAAUUCUGUGAUGUGACCGCAUUCACGCAAAUGGUUUCACGUUUGAUGGUCACCGAAAUACGUCGUCGGGCCAGCAGUAAGACGACUGAAAAUGCUUCGCAAGCCAUCGUCGAAUUUCUGGAGAUAACGCCAGCUCUGGAGUCACCUUCAGACAAGAAAGGCUGGUGUUUGUUAUCGACACUCAAUCUGAUCGUAUGCUCCAACUCUGCGCCACUGAUCUCCAUAAUGACCACAAAUUCGUUGACCUCAACACUGGUUAAGUGUUUGUAUUUGUUCUUUGAUUUGCCACCACUUAAUGAUUGCCAACCAACGAGCGACAGUCAAUCGCAAGAAGAGCUGAAACCAAUAGACAGACGUUUGUUAUUGCAAAAGAUUUUUUCACAGUUAUUGAUUCGUUUGUGUUCAUUUCAUUCGGCACUUAUUGAGUUAACCAGAAAAGAUGAUUUGUCGCUACUAUUUAAUGCCAUAACCUCCUGGUGCCCGAAGCACAACGCUUUGUGGCGAAAAACAGCGUCGGAUGUCAUCUUAACAAUGGCUAAGAAUAACAAUAUUAGUGCCGAAUAUUUGAAAGAGAAAGGAUGUCUUAGUUUAUAUCUUGAAAAUAUGCAAAGAAUGCUAGAGUUGGGCACAACGGAAACGUCGGAUAUUGUGGAAAUGUUUGGCACUUUAAUUAGCUUUAUGUCCGAAUUGGCCGCAAAUAUUAGUAAAAAUUCUUCGGCCGUUAAUAUUUUUUUAGACGAAUUUAAGAGUUGUUUUGGUUACAACUUUAUGAUUGAUUUUUGUCUGAAAUUAGAACAAAAUUCGGAUGAAUUAGAAUUGCUUAAGAAGUUAAUCAAUAUGACAAUGCAAUUCACUAAAGUCGGUUCUCGGGAACUAAAACCGCGACCACUUUCGGUAAACCAUUUGUUUAUAAUGGAUGACUUUUCGAUGCCCCGACCGACCACUAAAAAUGCCAUAAAAAAUCUAAACGCUUAUAACGUUUUCCAAACGGUUUGGAUGCGCUCCAAGACAUCCCUACUUCAAGAGCUGAUUUUAGACGCAAUGUAUGCGCUGAACAAUGAAGAUAAGGCCAACUAUUUUAUACUGGACUCGCAAAACACUUUGAGUCAAUUUGCCGAAAAACUUCAGUUUAAGUCAACCGAUGUUCAGGUAAAAUUUUUUACACUUUUGGAGUUUGUUGUGUUUGAACUUCGCUACGUUCCCUGUAAAGAGUUGAUCAGUAUUUCCAUUAUCAUCAAAUCAAAACAUUCCAUCGAAAGCAGUACAAUAUGUCUCAAAUUUUUGCUGUCAAUUCUUAAAUUCAAUGUUAUAUUUGCCGAUGUCUUUCGCGAAGUUGGUUUGCUCGACAUAAUAGCCUCUCAGCUCAUAUACUAUUCCCAAUCCGAGGAUAAUGAGAACGAGCCGUUACUUCAGUUGAUAGUCGACAAUGUCAUUCAUAUGCUGGUCGGACCAAACAAUCAAAACUGUCAGCUCUUCAGCGAAUGCGGAGCCGCUAAACAUUCGUUUGGAUUUUUGUCAAACAAUAAAUGUUCAAAAGAGUUGCGCAAAAAAGCAUUUCAAAUAACCCAACAAUUAGUACUUUCCAACGCUGGCGAAGAACAUUUGGCCAAUUUGUUAGCAUUAAUGCACAGAGAGUCCGAUAUUACCACAAAUCUAAAUCUAAAGUCUUCAAUACUAAAGUCACUUUUGGUAGUAUUAAGAGAGAAUCACAGAGUGAGGGCUAUAUUCAGAAAAGUUGGCGGUUUUGUGUAUGUUAUGUCUGUUUUAGUCCAUAUGGAGGGAUGUCUCGAUUGCAAGACAUGGAAUAAUAUUGAACCGAAAAAGAUUUGGAACCUAUUAAGGUGUGUGUUUGCAUCGCUAACAACGGCUAUGCGUUACGAGCCGGCAAACGCACGUUUCUUUGCCCAAGAGAUAUGUGCAUCGAGUUUAACUGAUUCCAUACGACUUUUAGGCUGUUUUACCAGCGAAUCGGAUAUUAUAGCUGAUGGCGACACCGCAGAUGAAACCAAUUACGAACAACUGUUUAAUAGUUCACUAAAUGAUUUACCGCCAAAACAUCCGAUGACACGUUCAGAAUGUGCGUGUCUUCUCAUGAGAUUACUUUAUGAUAUGACACUUGAUGUGUCUGACAAAUGCUCAACUAUGACAACUAUGGCACCAAAAGUUCCGACAAAUACUCAGACUGGGUCUGUUUCGGGAACCAAACGACCACCACAUCUAUCACUUGGAUCUUUAUCUACAGAUCCGCCACUUAUUGUCCAUUCCUCUGUAUUGAUAUCGAUGUUUCAAUUGAUUCCAUCGAUUCCCGAUCAAAACCUAAGAGUUUAUUUGAUGGAAGUUUUGCGUAGACUAUUGAAGUCAGAACGCAAUCAACAAGUUAUGUGCGAAAUAGGUUUAGUGACUGAGAUUUUAAUGGACAGGUAUAGCGAAGCUUUACUUAAUGAAAGUCAUUCAUUGCAUACAACAGCACAAUAUAUACUCGAAAGGCUUUCCGCACAAAAUAUUCAGCCCAAAGAGCUCCGAAAUUUUUUGAGAUUAGGACAACCAUUAAACUGUAUACCAAUCGAUGAUUUAGGUAACGGUAAACCAAAAAAUCAACGAAACGGUGGACCGAUAGCAUUGACACGAAUCAAAACCAUCGUAAGCAUGACUACACCUAAAGACGGAACAAGUAAUCAUUUACUUCAGCCGCCAUUUGUCGAGUUCGAUAUGAAUCAGGAAGGAUUUUCGUCGCUAUUUUUGCCAUCGAUAGCACCGAUCAGUUUAAGUGGAAACAGUUCGAGCGCUACAAACCUGUUGACCGGUGCUAUUGUUGGCAAUUCCGAUGUUCCCAUUACUGUCAACGGCGGUAUCGGCACCGGUGAACGCGCUUUUCCGCCACAAUCAGGUUUUUCAUAUACGACAUGGAUUUGUGUGGAAAAAUUUUCUCCGACAUCCAAUGAUGAGUCCCAUAAUGUCAGACUAUUGACAUUAUAUAGGGCCGCACAGUCGGGUCAAGAGUACGCUUGCUUUCAGUUACAAAUUGCUGCCAGAGAUAAAGCACUUCUAAUAUCCACUCAAGAAAUACCGAUCUUCAGUGACUGUGAAGUUGGUUCGUCAGGCUUUCCCCACCAAUUCGAUGCCGACCAUCAUUUGAGAGUUUGGUCACCGGAACUUAUACAAGAAGGUCAAUGGCAUCACAUCGCUAUAAUUCUCAAUCGCGCCCUAUUGAAGAACUCGACGGUCAGUGUCUAUAUUGAUGGUCAACUGAUCGCUAGUCAAAAAUUACAUUAUAUAUCAUCAGUCGUCGGCGGCAUUUCCGGCAUCUCAAACGCUAGUCCUUUAUUUGUUAAUGGGUUUAUCGGAACUCCUCCUCAAUGGCGCAAACAGUCGCGCCUUGUCUGGAAACAGGGUCCCUGUCAUCUGCUCGAAGAGCCACUCAACUCGAUGUUUGUGGCAUACAUUCACUCAUUAGGUCCCAAUUAUAUCGGAAGCUUUCAGGGCGUAACUCACGUUCAGGCAUUUCAACAGAUUCAGCAACACAUCCCUGAAGAUCGGGUUAUAUUUGGGCUGAACUCGAGAGCCACUUCGGCAAUGACUUUGGCCAAAAUGCGAAGAGUUUAUUCUCGUUUCGAUUGCCGACAAAUAUCAAAACUUUUGGGUAUAUCGACUCACGAGAACGCGACACCCAUUUAUGUUUUGCACAAUUCGUCGGCACAUCUUUGUGGUCCCAGUCGUUCAUUGGGUGGUAUCCUAAUUGGCAACAUUGGCGCCCGUUGUUUUGUCCCAAAACCAGUUACCGUCACCUGUAGUGACAUCGGCGGCGCUACUCUAUUGCUGGGACUAAUUGCCAACACUCAAGACGUCGAAUCGUUGUACGCCAGCGUCAAAGCACUGGUUUGUGUCAUUCGGACAAAUCGCGAACUACAGCUGGAAAUGGAAAGAAUUAAUGGCUAUCAGACACUUGCAAUGCUCUUCAGGCGAAAGCGACAGUUCCUCAAUUCACAUGUAUUACAUCUAACAUUCAAUUUGAUUGGCACUCUUGAUAUCAAGAGAUCAAAUGACAGUUCAAUGGAAAUUCAGAGAUUUGGAGCGUUUAAGGAUCUAUUGGCCGAUCAGCUCGACCUAUGGGCGCAAAACGAGUUAUUAAAAUCGCUUUUAGAACAUUUGAAUGAAUUAUUACUUGAAUCCAGUCAUUCUUCAUCUGAAAACAAAUCGUCAAAUUUAAAAGUCUUGCGCGACAUGUCUUUACUGCCGAAACUUCUGAAUCUGACGCGUGAAAUACGCAUAACCGACACAAAGAUACUGUCAUUGCUUUAUACUCUAUGCUUUCGACUACUCAAUCAAACAUCCCGUCACUCGGAUCUCCUAUAUUUUGGCCAAUUUAUAGCAUCGCUAUUGCCGGCUAAUAGCGACGAAAAGACUGGCGACACAAUUGAAUUGAGAAAUUCAUUGCUUAAGAUUAUCCUUCAGCUAAUGACUCGUAGCCAACAACAGGCCAUCAAUCACGCCAUACAAGAAGAGUUGGCCCGAUUGUUGGGUUUCGAUUGGUUUUUACUGUUUCUUCAAAGUUCACUCCAUAAGGAAACAGUGACCAUUGGUUUAGUUAACUUAAUGGUUGUCAUAUCUAAUCAAACAUUGUAUACAAAGUUUAAAGAGGGAACAUCUAAUGGUGGUUGGCUUAAGGAUACUGAAGCUGUACUCGAAAGUCGAUUCGGUGUCCAAUUGUUGGGAUUCAAUGUAAACACACCGCCAAACUCCAGUUCCAUGCAAACAGUGUUAACAAGUCGUACGACGGGAAUGAAAAUGAUUCGCAACGAUCUGCUAUCGAUUCCCGGCUUUCUAUACAUGAAUUGGUUGAUAUCAUCCCACGUCCAACAGCCCAAAGUAUAUCUAGUCUUAUUCCAAGCUCUUGUCGGACAAUACCAGAGUCUAUCGGCCUCAGUAUUGGAGACAAUCGAAACGUUUGAACAGUUAAGUUUGGAUAACCUGUGGAACUGUCUGUUCACCGAAUCUAACAAAAGGUUCGCUCAUUCGCCAAAUUUUUAUUGUAAAGAUUUGUCGAUAACAAUACUAUCGAUGAUUCAUACGUUAAUCUGGGAUUUGGACGACAUCGACAACUUUACCGAUUUUCCUACCGUUUUGAUUCAAUUUAUUAUGUAUUUGUAUCACAAUCGCAAAGAUUUUCAAAUCUUUUGUCAGUCCAACGCUGAGUUCAUAUUAGCUCUUUGCCAGACAAUUAUUGCCGAAGAAUCACAACAACAACAACAAAAUACAAAUAAGGAAUCGUCGUCUACGGACACGAAAGACUCUGUUCUAACCACUCACUCGGCAAAGAAGUAUAUUAUGGAUUUCAUUAGAUUAAUAAUAAUAAAUUUAAUCAGUAGUCAAACCCAUGCAGCGGUUCGUCCAAUUGCCAUAUUUGAGCAAUUUUUGGAGGGCUUUGCCUCCUGCAAGUUGGCCCAAACAGAGCUUAUUGAAUCGCUUCUGGAGCACUUGACAUCAUUGACAGAGUUUAUGUCUCAACAGCACGAAUCGUCCAAUUAUGUACCACAACAACAACAACAGAUUACCUCAACUAAUAUUGUCGCCUUCAUUGCCAUAGUAGUCGACAAACUAUGGCAGGAUUGUUAUCUUCGCGACCGCAAAGAGAUACUCGACUGUAUACUCAAACUGAUGACUCGUAUCAAUGUUGGAAACCCUUCUCCGCAACCACAGACCAAGUCAUCAAAGACGUCUUCCGUUUCUGAACUAACUCUUUUGUAUAAAUCAUUGAACCGAACUGUCCUUUACCUACUGUCCCGUCCAUUGGAGAGCAUAUCAGAUCGCAUAUCAAUGUUAGAGGUUCUGCAGCGCAUCUAUACCAGCCGUCAGCUGAUCCUAAUCUCUUCGUGUAACACCGAUUCUGAAUUUUUUGUUUGUCUCACCUACUGUUUGCUUCAACUUAUUGAUGAAGCGAAGAUAAGUUUGUCAUCAAAAUCGCGGACUACUUGGCACGUUCCUGACUCUGGUCCCGGUUCCGAUGCCGAUGAGGGCGCCCUAUUGAUUGCAUCGGUAGCCAGAAAAAUAUGGGACGAAAUUUACUUAUCUAAGCGACAACUACUUGAAGAGUCGUUGAAAAUAAAUUUAGCUCCGAAUACACCGGCUUUUGGAUUGACUUCGAUUACACCCGAGAUCUUAAUGCUUAGGGAAACUCUUUACGAUCCAACACUUAAAGUUUGGGUCAAUUAUAUCGAAUAUGAACAACAAAGACAACGCCGAAGAGCGGCCGGCACGUCAUCACUUGAUUCGCCAUCGGUUUCGAGUCCGACGGCUAUUAUAUCCGAAAAGUUAGCGAAUAUUAAUAAAUUCAAUUCGUUAGUCUCUAAGGCUGGCGGCGGUUUCGUCUCGAAAAUAGUCGGCGGAACCACUGGUGUUGUUAGCGGAGUUGUGUCCACAGCUGUCAGUGUUGGCGCUGCCGCACGAAAAGAAGCUUUUCGUAACUCGUUUUCUGAUUCAUUAAUACAAGGCUCACCUCAACCAUGGCUUUUGAUGACUAAGAAUGAAGUGUUUCAGUGGACAACUAUUCAUCUGUCGAUUAUCAAUGACUUUAUUGAACUACAAUUAAAACAAAAAACUCAAUCUGAUUAUCACCUCAUGAAAUACGUUUACGACGAUUGGAUUGUAUCGGAAUACGAAUUAUUGAUUAGAGAGCGGGCUAUUUGGGGUCCGGACUAUGGAUCCAGAAAUUUAGAUAAAUGGAAAUUAGAUAUGACUGAAGGUCCGCAUCGUAUGCGGAAAAAGUUGAUCCGAAACGACUUAUUUUACACUCAUUAUCCAUUUAAACCUGAGUUUGACGGUAUGGAUAGCAAAGCGUUAAAAUUUAAAAUUCCUAUCAGUUUUGACUCUAAAGAACAUUACAAGAGAUACAGACCAGAAAACAACAGUUUGAUUGACAAGAAUUCAAUUGAUGACAAUUUCGAUGAUGUCAUGCCUUUAAUGCCGACCACAAGUAGUACAGAACAGGCAUUUCAAGGAAUAAAAACAUCGUCAUUGUUGCCAUCGAAAUCGUCGUCUGAUAUCGACGAUCAGGACAUAUCCGACAUAAUACAAGAGUCUCAGGAUCGGGAAUGUGACGGAGCACAGGGCGAUUCAGGGUUUGUGGAUAUCAGUGCUGAGAUGGCCCGUCAGAAAUCUGGCGAUCGCUUCGAACAGGUAGAGAUGCAGACUGUUCUCCGGUUGCUUGAAGAGGGCGAACGUAUAUCACAUAUGUUUCGAGUGGCAAGAAUUCAAGGUUUGGACACAUAUGAAGGUUUGCUACUCUUCGGCAAAGAGCACUUCUAUCUCAUUGAUGGCUUUACAUUACUCAAGACUCGGGAAAUUAGAGAUAUUGAUUCAUUGCCGGCAAAUAUGCACGAUCCGAUAGUUCCGAGUUCGUCUCCGCGAAGUAGCAUAUCUGGUGGAUCUAAGAGGACAACAAAGAAAACUUGCAGUAAAUUUAGUUUUGAAGAUAUCAAAGAAGUUCACAAACGACGAUAUCUGUUGCAACCGAUUGCAUUGGAAGUGUUCUCUUUGGACGGUAGAAAUUCAUUACUUGUGUUUCCACGCAAAAUACGGAACAAAGUGUACUCGCGGUUUAUGUCGGUGGCCACUUCAGUCACAGAUAACGCUCAGGACUCGCUUAUGGGUCAAAAACGCAAUGCAAAUGUUGAGACGGCAGGAAUUUUGAGUAAUCUUAUCGGCGAAACAUCGGUUACACAGCGAUGGGUUAGAGGAGAAAUAUCAAACUUUCAAUAUCUGAUGAAUUUGAAUACAUUGGCCGGUCGUUCGUAUAAUGAUUUAAUGCAAUACCCGGUAUUUCCGUGGGUUAUUGCCGAUUACGUCAGCUCUGAGUUGGACUUUAUGGAUCCGCGAACGUUCCGCGAUCUGUCCAAACCAAUGGGCGCACAAACAACCGAUCGAUUGGAACAGUUUAAGAAACGAUUUAACGAAUGGGACGCCGAUUCCAAUAUUAAAGGGGGUGAUGACCUGAUCCAAGGACCCUAUCAUUACGGAACGUUUUAUUCGAGCGCAAUGAUAGUGGCCUCAUAUCUGGUCCGAAUGGAACCGUUCGCUCAGCACUUCCUUAGUCUACAGGGCGGACACUUUGAUUUGGCCGAUAGGAUGUUCCACUCGUUUGGCGACGCCUGGCUGUCGGCCGCUAAGAACAAUAUGGCCGAUCUUAAAGAGCUUAUUCCCGAAUUCUUUUAUUUGCCCGAAUUUUUAAUUAAUUCCAAUCGAUUUGAUUUGGGUAUUAAACAAAGCGGUGUCCAACUCGACGAUGUUGUUCUUCCUCCGUGGGCUAAAGAUGACACGCGAGAGUUUAUUCGAGUCCAUAGAGCGGCUCUCGAAUGUGAUUAUGUUUCGGCACAUCUUCACGAAUGGAUUGAUCUUAUCUUCGGUUACAAACAACAGGGUCCCGCAGCUGUUGAAGCGGUCAAUGUAUUCCAUCAUCUUUUCUAUGAAGGAAAUGUUGAUAUCUAUACCAUCGAUGAUCCAUUAAGGAAAAACGCCACAAUUGGAUUCAUUAAUAAUUUUGGACAAAUACCAAAACAAUUGUUCAAAAAACCACAUCCAAUGAAAAAGAUAUUCAAUCAGACGUCAAACCUUCCAUUGACACCAAUAUUACCGUCUGUUGGUCUCAAUUCUGUAUUGAUGAGCAAUUCUGGUACAGAAAAAGUAUUUAUACAUCAUUUAGAUAAUUUGCGGCCAUCUCUUCAUCCGAUUAAAGAGCUUCGCGGAGCUGUCGGCCAAAUCAUACAACAGGAUAAGUCAUUGCUGGCCGUCGAACAAAACAAAGUCUUGAUUCCGCCUCAGUUUAAUCGCUACAUUGCGUGGGGUUUUGCUGAUCAUAGCUUAAGAAUAGGUCCGUAUGAGUCGGAUCGGGCAUUAUUUAUAUGGGAAAGUACUCUAUUGCCACCAAAUGGAGAGAUUUUAUGCGCCACUGUUCCCAAUCCGAGAAUUAUCAUAACUGCCGGAACCAAUUCGGUAAUAUCUAUUUGGAGAAUUAAAGGCAAAAUGCAAAACAUGGCACUAAUUCAGAAUUUGUACGGACAUACCGAACCCAUUACAUGCUUGAGCUCGUCAGCCGCCUAUGGAAUUAUUGUCAGCGGUUCCAGAGACAAGACUUGUAUUAUCUGGGAUUUGAAUCGUUUGAUAUUUGUCCGACAAUUAGGCGGAGGAACAAAUUCUGUUCAUUCGGCACCAAUUGCUGCCAUUGCUAUCAAUGAUUUGACCGGAGAUAUAGCUACUUGUGCAUCAAAUUGGCUUUAUCUUUGGUCCAUCAACGGUGAUCUCAUAGCCAGUGUUAAUACAUUGAACAUCUCGAUGUCGACUCAAUCUAUGUCCACCACUCAAGUACUUUGUGUGGCAUUUUCGACGUAUAACGAAUGGGAUCCACAAAAUGUCAUUAUGACGGGAUCGUCGGACGGUGUGGUCAAAAUGUGGUCACUAGACUACGUACAGGUGCCCAUUGACGACGAUGACAAAAGUGAUAGAUCUUCUAACACUAGCAUAUCGUCGACGCCGACCACCGAUGUCUGUAAAGGCGAGUCUUCGCUGGUAAUUCCUGUGUCGAAAGAUGAAAUUGUUCGCCGACUGUCCAUAGCUUCGGCUACAGCCGAGAGUAAUAAAGGCGAUGAAGAUGAAGAGUCUACCGAAGGCAACGCAUCGUCUCCUGAAGACAAGGAUAAUGAUUGGGAUCUCUUACAUAUUGAGCCAUCAGAUGACAUACCAACGCUUUCAAUGCCACAGUCGAAGUCAACGACAAUUUUUGUCACUUCUCUCAAUAAACAGACGCAACAAAUGGAAGCAUCAAAACAUCAAAAGCCAUUACCAAAGACACCGACAAAUUUGACGGCAAGCGGGGCCUCAGCUCUUGAAGUGCCAAAGAUCCGGACAUCCAAAUCGGACACAUCGUUGUUCGACUCAUUCAUUAUAGUUAAUGAAAACGAAUGCAAUCGAAACCGUAAUCAAUUGAAUGCUGUCCUCAAACCGGGCCAUAAAUGGAUCCCCAAAUUAGUGUUCUGUUCGAAGCUGACAAUGCAUACAGCAUUCGAGCGCAACGACAACACCGAACCGGCCGCUAUCACAGCGUUGGCCAUUUCUAAAGAUAAUAAAACGGUUUUUGUUGGCGACGCCAGAGGUCGGGUGUUCUCGUGGACAGUGAGCGAAGGUCGGGGCACUGUUUCUGACCAUUGGGUUAAAGAUGAAUUAGUCGAAAGCUGUACCAACUGUGGCGUGAAAUUUACAUUUUCGGAGCGCCGACACCACUGCAGAAAUUGUGGACACGUUUUCUGUUCAAAGUGUUCAAAAUUUGAAUCAGAGAUAAUGCGACUAAAGAUCUACAAACCGGUCAGAGUCUGUCAAAACUGUUUCCAAAAUCUUCAGUCACAACAAACACAACCACAAUCUCUUCGUCCGAAAAAAUAAU